GGCAUGAAGCUCCUAUGGGAAGGUUGGCCUGAGGAGCCCAUUCUCGUAGCAAAAGCGAAGCCGCCAUGGGUUAUGCAGGCAGAGCUCUCAUCAAUCUCUCAUCUUCUCGAUCUUUUCUCACCUACCCACUUCUCCAGUCCGCAGUUCGGCGGUACCACCCUUCAAAAACUAAGGUUUUUCUAGGGUUUAGGCCUAUUUGCACCACCACCACCACCACCAGUACUCCCACCACUGAACUAACACACCAAGAUCUGGAAUCCGAGCGUCACGCUCUUCUUCUAGAGAAACUGAGAAUCAGGCACCUCAAAGACGCCGCAAAGACGCAGCCUAGUCGGCCAUCAUCACCUUCCACUAUUGUUAAGGAAGAGCACAAGAAAGGGAAGGAUGGUGGUGGGGCUGUAGCUGCUUCUUCAUUUUCAGAGUUGGGUCUGAGCGAAGAGGUGUUGGGUGCUGUCAAUGAGAUGGGGAUUUCGGUUCCCACUGAGAUACAGUGCAUUGGGGUCCCUGCGGUGCUGGAUAGGAAGAGUGUGGUUCUAGGCUCACAUACUGGCUCUGGAAAGACAUUGGCUUAUAUGCUUCCUCUGGUUCAGUUGUUGCGGCAAGAUGAAGCUACUUUUGGUAUGCUUAUGAAGCCUAAGCGUCCUCGAGCAGUUGUCAUGUGUCCCACUAGGGAGCUUUCUGAACAGGUUUUUCGCGUGGCAAAAUCCAUCAGUCAUCAUGCAAAGUUUCGUUCAACCAUGAUAAGUGGUGGUGGAAGGUUAAGGCCACAAGAGGAUUCCUUGGGUGAGCCAAUUGACAUGGUGGUUGGGACUCCAGGGAGGAUUCUUCAGCAUAUAGAAAAUGACAAUAUGGUGUACGGUGAUAUUAGAUACUUGGUUUUAGAUGAGGCGGACACGAUGUUUGAUCGUGGGUUUGGUCCUGAUAUUCGCAAGUUUCUGAGCCCAUUGAAGAACCGUGCAGCCAAGCCCAAUGACCCAGGAUACCAAACAGUUUUGGUUACUGCAACCCUGACAAAGGCAGUUCAGAAACUGAUAGAUGAGGAAUUUCAAGGAAUUGUUCAUCUUCGCACUUCGUCAUUUCAUAAGAAGAUUGCAUCUGCAAGGCAUGACUUCAUCAAGUUAUCUGGUGCAGAGAACAAGCUAGAAGCAUUGUUACAGGUUCUUGAGCCGAGUCUUGCAAGAGGAAACCGUGUGAUGGUAUUCUGUAAUACCUUGAACUCCAGUCGAGCUGUGGACCAUUUUCUAAGUGAAAGUAAAGUCUAUACAGUUAACUACCAUGGAGAGGUUCCGGCAGAACAAAGAGUAGAAAAUCUUAAAAAGUUCAAGAGUGAUGAUGGAGACUGCCCCACAUUAGUUUGUACUGAUUUGGCAGCACGAGGACUUGACCUGGAUGUUGAUCAUGUUAUCAUGUUUGACUUCCCCUUAAACUCCAUUGAUUACCUUCAUCGUACUGGGAGAACAGCUAGAAUGGGAGCAAAAGGAAAAGUCACUAGCCUUGUGGCAAAGAAGGAUUUGAUUUUAGCGAGCAGAAUUGAGGAUGCCAUUAGGAAGAAUGAGAGCUUGGAAUCACUUUCAGUGGUUAGUAUCAAAAGGGAGAUCGCAACUCGUCGUCCGAAUGAUCACAAAGGCAGGACAACAUUGACCAGAAAUGCAGAGACCACGAAACAGAAAGGCAAGGGUAGUGCUUCAUCGUUCAAGUCCUCAAAGGGUCCAAAUAAGGGCAUCAAAUCUGGGAAUCAGAAGGCUGUAGCAACCAAGGCCAAGAAAACUACAUCAAGUGUGUCAACAAGAAAGGCUUCUGCAAGUGGGGCAAAGCAAGCAUUCCCGAAAGUGAGGAAGAGUGUGGUAGCAAAGAAAUCUGCCACAAAACCAUCGAAACUGCAGGUUGUAGGGUUUAGAGGGCGCAAUGCAUCUGCAAGCAAACUUUGAGACGAGGAAAGAUGCAUCAUCCCUACUGAUAAGAGCAAAACUAAGAUGAAGGAAUGAUCUUGAUUGGCAAGGCAAGGUUUAUUCAUGGAGAUGGCACCAGGUUCGGUACUAAUUUCAGUUGCCUUUCCGAAGUUAUUGGCUCCAUAAUCCGAUCUCCUUUGACUGUGCUUCGCUUUGUUAAACAUACAGUCAACAACUAAGCAGUUCGGAUGUAACUCUGUUGGGGGAGAAGCCCUCGACAAAUAAACAAAGAUUUUUUGUACAAAAUGCAAAAGAAUGCAGAGACAAAACCAAGCAACGAGCUUGUUUAA